AUGGUUACUCCCCAGGGUCAGAUCUGCGGCAACGACAUCGAGGUUCCUGACACCGAUGAUGACGCCGACUACAACUAUUCCGGAGGAGCCUACUACUACGACCCGUUGAUACCCUGUGACUCUUCGUCCUCAUCGGCGCCUGGGUCAACCUCUGCAUCGGUGACCCCGGCACCUGAGCCAACGCCCGAGGCAACGACCGAGGCAUUUGCCGAGGCAAUGAACGAGGAAUCCUCCGAGCCAACGAUCGAGUCAACAAUCGCGCCAACGCCUGCGGCAACGCUCGAGCCAACGACCGACGCCAACGCCCGCGGCAACGACCGUCCCGACGUCUGAAGCAACGAUCGCGCCAACGAUCGCGCCAACGCCUGCGGCAACGCUCGAGGCAACGCCUGCGGGAACGCUCGAGCCAACGGCUGAAGCAACGAUCGCGCCAACGACCGAGCCAACGACCGAGCCAACGGCUGAAGCCGAGAGUACGUGUCGCGACGGCAUUGAGGGCAUCGACGGCCGCGUCGUCUGCUGCCCGCUCGAGUGUGGCCAGUGCGGAGGGACGGGAUGCAGCACUUCUGGCGCCGCGUACGGUCUUGGCGCUGACUCUUGCUGUAGAGAACCGGUCAGUUCUAGCGGCAAAUACUGUGACGACACCGGCGAAGCCCCAUGCAUCUACGGCAGUGCCCCCGAUGCUGACGACGACGACGACAACGACGACACCAACGAGGGUGAUGCUGAGGACGACGAUGACGAAGAGAGUACGUGCAGCAAUGGCCUCGAGGGCAUCGACCACAGAGGCGAGAUCUGUUGUUCGCUCGGGUGUGGCCAGUGCGGAGGUCCAGGAUGCGACGCUUCGGGCGCUUCGAACGGUCUCGGCGCUGAGUCUUGCUGCCCACCAGAGGUGCACGAUAGCGGCAGAUACUGUGACGACACCAACGAGGCCCCGUGUAUCAUUAUAGCCGACGACGACCACAACGACGACGACGAGGACGACGACGACGACCAUAACGACGACAACGACGACGAUAACGACGACGAUAACGACGACGACGACCACGACGACCACGACGACGACGACGACGACCACGACCACGACGACCACGACGACCACGACGACGAUAACGAUGAUAACGACGACGACGAUACUGCCUGAAGGGGGAGUAUGAAUCGGAGACCUAAACGUAGAGCGCCACAUUUUUCUUCACCGUCAAUCUCGUCCUAUUCCGGGCGGAUGUCUGCGCAUUUUUUUAACGACCACCUGUGCGGUGGCAUUUUCCAUCAACAACAGCGGGAUCGUGUAAGUGGGCGAUGGUCGCAAGUGCAUUCCCAUCGACCGGGGGGCAACUAGUGUCUCCUUUUUGUUUACGUUGCAACCUAUUGUCUCGCCGGAUCCUCGUUGCAUUGUUGCUGCCUGUGGAGGGAGUGUUUUUGAGGUAUUCAGGCGUCGUUG